AUGCUGCUGAUUGCGUGGCUCGUGCCUGGGCUUGACUUGUCCAAGUCAAAGGCAGGUCGUCUCUUCACGUGUGCCGGGCGUGCCCUGGCCCCUCACCCACCCGAGGUCGUGAGCUUCGUCAGCUGGGCCGCGCUUGGCCUCCUCAGCUGGUUCGGCCACCACGUGGAGCAGCCGCGCUUUGUGGCUUUGGCGUCAGGCGAGGAGCCGGUCAUAGCCUACUCGAGCCUGCUGGCUGGCUUCCCCAGCCCGGACAGCCAGGUGCCCAAGGCGGUCCUGGCAGCAAUGCAGGGCAAGUUCGCCGUCGACUUAACGACAGAAGCCGCCGUGACUCGCAUGUGA